AGUGUUGAACUUGGAUGACUUCAGGAGGAUCCAGAGUCAGACAGCAGUCAGACUCCAUGUCGGACUUUCCCUCUCUCCGCUCAUGUGAAGCGCUGUUUCAUACGUUCAGUGAUGCCUCUGCAGCCCACAGACAGAGCGACACAGGAAGAUACUACAGUGUGUGGGACCGUACCGUCCAAGUGACGUCCUAUAUGAUCAAACCUGACUUGUUAUCUCACCGAAGCAAAGACGCAAUUUCAGCUAAAAAAGAAAAAAACAGAGGAUUUACUCUGGAGACGAUUCUCGGACGACCACUCUCCUGUGUUGACAAGGUGGAGAUAUGUGCACGCACAGAGGAUAAGGAACCUGGAAUUAAGCACAGGAGAGAAAAAAUGGCGAAGAUGAGACAAUAAAAAAAGAACCAGUUUUGGGGCCUGUGGAAACUUCCCGCGGCAGCAGUUGGAUGUGCACGUCGACCCAGUCACGAUGACAAUGAAAGGCCUGUCCAGCAGCCGUAGUCACCACCACACGGUGACCUGCGACCCCUCUUAUGACUCUAUGACCCUGGGGCACUCGGACCGACGGUCCUACUUCCUCAAUCCUGGGGAGGCUCAUCCUGCUGACCACCCGUGCUACACACAGCGGAACUCCUUCCAGGCUGAGUGCAGUGCCUACCCUGAUCUGGCCAGCUGCACCUUCCCUCGCAGACAUUACAGCUCUCACCAUGAGCUGAAGGACGAGUGUGGCGCUCUGGUGCCUUACACAGGGCCGACAGGGAGCGGUAAGGGAAGUGGUGGUGGGGGUGGAAACAACAAUCGCAUCCCUUCUAACCUGCUAGAGCAAUUUGAACGCCAGGCACCUGUACGGCGUGAAGGCUACCACACACUUCAGUACAAGCGCACUGCAGUGGAACACCAACGCAGUGACAGCCCCGGUCGAAUCCGCCACCUUGUUCACUCGGUCCAGAAGCUUUUCACCAAGUCCCACUCCCUGGAGGGGCCUUCGGGGUCUGGUGGAGGAGGGAGCGGGAGGAUGAAUGGCAGUAAAUCCAGUCCUGAUGACCCACCCUCCUCUUCUGGUACCCUGAAGCACAGUAAGCGCAGCAAGAGCAAAGACCGAUCCAAGUCGGAGCCUAAGAUGCGCACUGCCAUCUCAGGCUACUGGAGCUCGGACGACAUGCUCGACCGGGAAGUGUGCCUCUACCACCAUCACCACGGGGGCAGCAGUGGAGGCCUGCCUUCUGGGGUCAUGACCAUGGGGCGCCACCCGGACAAAUCCCAGUCGCAGUACUUCAUGGAGUCCUACAACACCAUCAGCGCCCACACUCUCAAGACGUCACGCAGCAACAACGAUGUGAAGUGCUCGACGUGCUCCGGGAGUGGCAGUGGAGGUAUGCCGCUGGUGGGCACCCUGGAUAGCCAAGUGCAGCUGAAGAAGAGCUCGUGGUCAUCUACUCUGACGGUGAGCAGAGCAAGGGAGGUCUACCAGAAGGCCUCAGUCAACCUAGAUAAAGCUCUAAUGAAAGCCGAGCAGGGACGCACCUGCCACUUCCUACAGGUGCCUCAGGAUGACUGGAGCGGGUUCUCUCCACUGGGGAAGGAUGAUGAGAUCCCGUGCCGGCGGAUGCGCAGUGGCAGCUACAUCAAGGCCAUGGCAGAAGAAGACAGUGGCGACUCGGACUGCAGCCCCAAACCCUCGCCCAAGGUCCAGGCACGACGAGCCAGCUACCUGAAAGCCACACAGCCGUCCCUCACAGAGAUGACCACGCUCAAGAUUUCCACAGAGCACUCACCCAAGCUACAGAUCCGGAGUCACAGCUAUCUGCGGGCGGUGAGUGAGGUUUCCAUCAAUAGGAGUCUGGACAGCUUGGACCCGGCAGGGCUGCUGGCCUCGCCUAAAUUCCGCUCGCGAAACGAGAGCUACAUGAGAGCCAUGAGCACCAUCAGCCAGGUGAGCGAGGUGGAGGUGAACGGGCAGAUCGAGGCGGUGUGUGAGUCAGUGUUCAGUGAGAUGGAGUCGCAGGCGGUGGAUGCCCUGGACCUGCCGAUGCCCGGCUGCUUCCGCAUGCGGAGCCACAGCUACGUGCGUGCCAUAGAGAAAGGCUGCUCGCAGGAAGAGGAGGAGGGAGGCGGCACGGUGGGAAACAGGAGGACCAACUCACCACCGCGCACCACCACCACUGUCAGAACCAUCCAGAGCAGCACAGUGUCAUCAUGCAUCACCACUUACAAGAAGACACCUCCCCCUGUCCCACCACGGACCACCCCGUCCAAACCUUUCAUAUCCAUCACGGCCCAGAGCAGCACAGAAUCCGCCCAGGAUGCCUACAUGGACGGGGGCUCCGGCCCACGGACGGGAAUCAGCUCCCAGCCGGGCCUGUCCAACUCCACGGAGAGCAUCGACAGCAUGAAGGCCCUGACGGCAGCCAUAGAGGCGGCUAACGCUCAGGUGCACGGCCCCGCCAGCCAGCACGUCACCAACAGCACCAUCACCAUCACUGCCACGGCCACCACCUCCGCUGUCGCUCACGUCUCCGCAGACACCAAGGCGCAGAGGGAAGCGCUCCGCAAGUGCCUCUCCAUAGGGAUCCAGGUGGACCCAGAGGAAGGAGGGCCCACAGAGGAGCAGUCCAAAUUCCAGUCGAUAGGAAUUCAGGUGGAGGAUGAGCGAUGUUACCGCAGGAUGACCCGCUCCAACAGUGUAACCACGGCCGUGCAGGCCGACCUCGACGGCCCCACAGAAGCCCCGGAGCUGCCGCCGCGUCACUUCGCCACCAUGCCGCGUCAGCACUCCCGCGAUGCCGCCUCUUCUACCGUCAGCAUCCAGGGCUCGGGGAACCACUACCACGCCUGUGCCGGUGACGACUACGGGGACGUGGGGUUCGACCCUUCGAUCUUGCCUCCUCCAGACCCGUGGAUGGACAGCGUGGUCGAGCCUGAGGUGGAGGCUCUGGAUGGUGUCGGACGGUCUGUGUGUCCCCGUGACGGCCGCUGGUUCCUCAAGUUGCUGCAGGCUGAGACAGAGCGUAUGGAGGGCUGGUGUAGACAGAUGGGGCAGGAUGAGAUGGAGAAUGAGCUGCCCGAAGAGAUCCUGGGGAAGAUCCGCAGUGCAGUGGGGAGUGCCCAGUUGUUGAUGUCCCAGAAGUUCCAGCAGUUCCGGGAGCUGUGUGAGGAGAAUCUGAACCCAAAUGCACACCCACGGCCCAUCUCCCAGGACCUGGCAGGUUUCUGGGACAUGCUCCAGCUGUCUAUCGAGAACAUUAGCCUGAAGUUUGAUGAACUCCACCAGCUCAAAGCCAACAACUGGAAACCUCUGACCCCACCAGAAAUUCAGGAGAGAAGGAUGCCCCCUCCCGUGCCAAAGAAGCCCAUGAAGGGCCACCCUCCUCUGGCUAGGGACCGCUCACUGGAGAGCUCUGAGCGCCAGCGUCUGGAGGCUCGCAAACGCCUGCUAGCUGCCAAACGUGCCGCGUCGGUUCGACAGAGCUCUGCCACCGAGAGCGCAGACAGUAUCGAGAUCUAUAUCCCAGAGGCUCAGACCAGACUAUGAGACAUGCAAACACAUGUACCCACACACACACACGCCCUCAACACUGUCCCAUCCAUACAAUAGCACUGAAUGCUGAAGCUUGGGUGCUAGUGUAACACAUUUUUUGCAGACUUCCCAGAUCAUUUUGGAGUCAGUCACGAUGGAAGUUGUUUGAACCAGAAAUGUAUAUUUACAGUAUUUAUUUAUUUAUUUAUUGAUCCACACCCACCCCACCCCCACCUCCUCAUUUCCUUCUUCCAGCUUUGAUGUAGCAGUCCCUCUUCUUCCUUUACCUCCACCCGUCCCUCACCCUGAAAGACCUGUCUUAUGAAUCCCCUUUUUUGAAGUGGCCUAAUAUUACAAAGUAAGCCAGGUGUAGCACAGCAGUGAUGCUUCACGUUAAUGUGUUUCAGGUGCCGAGAAUCAGAGGAAGAUAGGGAAGGAGCAUGCAUGUCCAUGUGGAGUGUGUGUAUGCACACGCGAACACACACACAACAUUUGAUCUGACCUGCUCAGAUGAAAUGCGUACCAGACCUAUUGACUCAUAUUGGAUUUUAUUUUUAUAUUUGUAUAAAAUCCCGUGAUCUAAUUCUUAAAAUACCACAAGCUGGGACGUUUUCUUUUUUUUAUUUUUUAUUCUUAGAUUGAGGUCAGUGACAUAAGUCAUCCUCUCUCUGAAAAUGGGUCUCUCUAGCAAAGCAGGAGGCCGGCCCUGUUAAAAGAAGGUCAAGAGGUGAGAUUUUUUUGCUCCUCCAGGUGAGGAAAAGAGCAGAGUUUUUGGGGGGUUCUGCAAAGAGUGCAAUUUACUGAAAGAGUUCGAAAUAAUGUCACAAACCUAACCUGUGCAUGAGUGAGAGAAAGAGUGUGUGUGUGUGUGUGUGUGUGUGUGUGCGUGUGUGUCUUAUGAUUCAGAUGUUCCUUUCAAAAGUGCUUCCUAUUUUUCUAGGUCUGAGUGGUCCUAGCUGUAAUUUAAGAUUAAGGUAGCAGUAUCAACAAACUGUAAACAAACCACCCAUCUCGUCAUUUCAAACUAAGCAAACCACGUUUGUAUAAAGAACAUACCAGAUAAUGACACGACAUGCAUGCUGACACCAGGUAACUGAUAUUUUUGUCUUUUCUAAACAGAUUUAAUCCUUUCUCACGUUACGUUCAAACUCUUCCGUGUUAAAGACAGUGCUAAAAAUCUGAUAUUCGGUACAAUACUGGUAGUUGUACUAUAUUUUAUUAUGUCAUUUUUAGACAAGAGAGGUUUAUUGACAGUAUUGAGACUAAAGGACUGAAAAGGGACUAUUUUCUCCUCACUGUGCGUGCACUAUCUCUGCCUCCAAAUGAAGCAAUUAUUUGAAGGCCAUACACAAAAAAAAAUAUCCAAUUUGUAAUAUUUUGUAUUCAUGUUUAAUUUAUUGAUUAGAACAAUGACUGUUUCUUGACAUUGUGAUUAUUAUUAUGCACUGACAACAAGGCCCUUAUACUGUGUUUAUGUUUUAUUUGUGUUCUUUUGCAUUACAGGCACUUUUUUUUCUUUUUUUUUGUGCGUGUGUGUCUUUUUUCUUUUUCAGUGAUCAGCCUUAAUUUCUAAUAUGAUAGUCGAGCACAACAGCAGUCUCAGGGGAAGAAGUGUGUGUGUGUAAGUGUGUCUGUGUGUGAGAGAGUGAGUGACUGACUUGUGACUGUAUGUGACCCAUGGCAUUGUCACUUACUGUACAUAACCCCAGCCACAAGGAUAGGCCAUGAUGUAAAACAAAGGAACAG